AUGGCAUACGAAGGGACAUCCUACGAAGGGAUGCCGCCCAGCCAAGACUACGAAGGCCAGGAGGAGUACGCGCCGGCACGAGGGCAAACUCCUGUCGACAUCAACCUCGUGGGCAACACGACCCUGGAUUCUGAUUCCUCCGGCAACGAAGUGAACCCCAAAUACCUUCAACUCACAAAAAAGGAGCAUCGGAAGAAGAAGUCCUCGAGGGAUAGCAAAGGAACCUAG